AUGGCUGCGAUAGAGAAUGUUAUAGGCGGGUCUGGAGAAUUGAGCGCAACGUCGCCUAUACUCCCUGAAGACUGCAGUACUAUGCAGGCCUUUUUGAUGCGUACCCAACGACGGUACACCCAGAUGGGAUUGGAGACCAGUGAGUGGGCAAACACACUUUUCGACCAUUUUGUAGCGGAGCGUGGAGUUGGGAUCGCCCCCGACGAACUCGCUGACUUCUACUGCACUAGGCUACCAACUGACCUCCAUCUUCUCAUUACAAAUAAUGGGCUGGUGAAGAAUACUUCGUCGGAACAAGCGGCAACAGCAGCACCGCGACUCUAUGAACCUAAGCAGACCGUGCUAGAGCUACGUGAAAAGGCUAGUCGAGCCGUAAGAGCUGGUACUGAGGCAAAUGAAACCCAACAGAGGCAGGAAAAUGGAGCUAGGCCUGGAGGAAACUCCGGUAACUGCUGCGAGUGUCAGGGUCGUGGACAGCCCGCACGACUUUGUCCCAGCAAAGGGGAACGAACCAAGCGCCCGCGCGAGACCUGCAAGAAGUGUGGAUGUGUGGGUCACUAUGCUCGUUAUGUCCUACACACGCUGAGGCCGUGCCGAGCUGGAAAACAAGAGCAGUACGCAACCUAUCCGUCCUAG